GCUUAUGGUCAUGUCAUAAUGCCAACUAGAGAUCCUAAAGAUUGGCCCAAAACUAAUGGUGUUGCAAUUAAACCACCAAGGUAUGAAAGUUGUUCGAAGGCCUAGUACAAAAAGAAAAAGAACCCUGUUGAGGAGGAGGAGGGAAGAAGGAUGAGUAGACAUGGAAUUGCAGGCCAUUGCAGUGUUUGCAAUACAGAAGGACACAACAAGAGAAAGUGCCCUCAGCUAGGAAGGGAUCCAACAGGAGCGGCUAGUCAAGCAACACAUGUUGGUGAAGAUGCACCUGCUAAAGCAACACCAGCUGGUGAAGAUGCACCUGCUGAAGCAACACCAGCUGGUGAAGAUACACCUGCUGCUCAAGCUGGAGCUGGUCAACCAGCAACAAAAGCAACCAAGAAAAAGCUUCCAGUGAAGAGGAAGAUUUUGUGCAAACCAAAGGAAACUGCUAGCACGAGUGUGGCUGCAUCUACCACAACACAUGUGCAUGAGCAGAAUGUUUCAGUGUUGGAGAUACUACAGGAACAAGCCAUAUCAACUCAGUAGUCUCAAACCACUGCUCAAGGCCCUCUACCAGAAAGUGCAUUCAUUGCAAACUGCAGAGAUGUUAUUCCAAAGCCAAGACCUACUACAACAACUGUUGGUUUAAAAAGGCAGAGGAAGAAAAGGGUAGUGAAGACCAAGGAGAACACAAUUCUUGAAGUUUAGAAGAAAAGUGUUAUGAUGCUGUAGUUUGAGCUUGAAAACUAAAAAGCUUCUUUUGAGCUAGAACUGAUUGGUUUGAAAUUAAACCUAGUGUUCUCA